ACUAGCUAGUAGUAUACCUAGUAAUAUUUUUAGUGCAUCUAGAUCUCUAAGAACUAUUAGUUAAAUAGUAUUACUCUAGCCUGGUAACCCUAAACAAGGCCUUAUAAACGAAAACAUCGAACGGUCACCGUAGUUCCCUAAAGCGCUACAAGACCUGCGUGAAAUUACGCACGGUCCGACAAAAAAUAAUCAAUAGAAAACAACAUGCGCCCUGCCGCACACCCGACGUAACUUGACAGUAGGAGUAGCUAAACAAUGUUAUUUCGUAGUGGAAAUGCGUUAGACCUAUAAAAAUCACAAAUGUUUGAUAGAACCAAGCAAUGUAAACUGUCGCACAAAAUGAUGAUUCGCUUAAACAAUUUUUUGUAUGUUUUUAAUUUGCGUCAAGGCACAAUUCUUAUCGCCGUCCAUCAAAUCGCGCUUUCAUCAUUCGUUUUGAUUAUUUUAUUAGUUGGUAUUUCUCAUGUCGGCGAGAUGUUGUCCAUGCUUCACAACGACAUGGAGGACGACGCGGAGAGGCGCGGGUUCUUCGAGGUGACGUACGACCAGCAGCUCACGUUCCACGAGGGAGAAGUCAUGAGCACCAACAACCAACGGAGGUUCGCGAAAGCGCAGCAUCUUGCUUCAGUGACGGUAAUAUUCCUGUACACAAGCACGAUCCUCACGUCCAUCUACCUAAUGUGCUGCAUCUCGCUCCUGCACGGCGCCGUGAAGUACCGGCGAGAGUACGUGCUGCCGUGGAUACUAGCCGCGUGCGUCGGUGUGGUGCUGUUGCUAGCCGCCAUCAUAGUCGGCGACGGCUACCCGUGUGUCGUCAACUUGUUUGGCGGACAUAACCUCUACCAUUUCGGCUGCGCCCUCUUCGUGCUAACCUUCAUAUACGCAAUCUGCGCGGUGUCCAGCUUCGCGCUAGAGACGGGAGGGCGCUGCCGAGCCGCGCGCGCGAGCGACGAGCGCGGGGAGCGGCUGCUGCUGCUCGACCACGCGGCGCACUCCAGCCUACUCUCCGCUGCGCAGCUCAACAAGCUGACCAGCACAAGGACCCACUUCGUUUAAUAGCCCUAACAGUAACACAUUACCAGGCAUGCUAAAGUCACCCCCUCUAAGUAAGAGCGAAAAUGACGCGGCCGCCCAGAAGUUUGUUAGAGCUGUAAGGGGACGAUUCGCGCGGUGUCAAGUUUCGUGCUAGCGUGGAGCGUGACAAAUGGCUGCUGCUGCUCGACCACGCGGCGCACUCCAGCCUGCUCUCCGCUGCGCAGCUCAACAAGCUGACUAGCACAAGGACCCACUUCAUUUAAUAGCCCUGACAUCUUCCAGGGGGCGUAGCCGAAUGGCAUUUGGUCACCGAAACGCCGCAGAAAUGUAGUCUGGCUCUGUCGCGCUAAUACGCAAGAGCGAUAGAGAUAGAUAGCUACGAAAGAGAUAUUGUCGUGAGCGUUUGUGCAUUGGGCUACGCACACGGGCUGUGCUAAGGUCGGCCCCUAAUUAAAACGGCCAAGUAGCCUGUAUGACCCUUAAGGGACGAUCCAGCCUGCUGUCCGCUAUACAGGUCACCCCCAAAACCUCAGAAAGGAAUCUCCUUACGUAACUAGGGAAUGAUCUUAACACGGCCCAGUAGUCUGUUAGAGCCUUAAAAGGGACUAUCCAUUUGUACUUAGAUACCUACUUCAAAUUUUGUUGAACAUCCAGAAAGGAAAAUGAGAACUGGAAAGACGGCUUCUUCUGUGUCGUCUACGACAGAUGGGAAACUAAUUAAGGGUGAUCUCGUUAGUCUAAAUUCAUAACUCAUACGAAUAAAAAAAGAAAUCUAAUAUUCCAUUAAAAAUGCAUGAAGUCCGUUAAAGUUUGGACCUGUACUUAGCCAGAAAUGUAGUCCUUACUCUAUAGCAAGAUCACACGAUAUAUAUGUACUUAAUUAUACAUUAACAUUAUUACGCUAGUAUGUAACGCUAACGGCUGAUGCAACUAAGUAUUGAGGCUCGGCGCACUACUCGCAUGCAAUUUUAAUUAAAUUGCGGACUAUUUUAUAUCAAAUACCUACCGCGGUGUAAUGAAACUCUUAUGCUAGUUCUGGCAAUGCGUAAAUGGGCCCUUAAGAAGUAAGACACGCCUAAUCUCAACUGGCUCUAAAUCCAAUCCUUUAUUGCCAUAAACCUGUAUACAAUUAUAUGUGUAAAUUGAUGCAUCAGCUUUUUAGAAAGUUUUCUAGAUUUUGUUUAUAGGAACAAAUGACUGGUGAAAGGUGUGCAAGGCUUCUGAUAAAAUAAAGCAAUAAUAAAAUAUUACGUGUACACCAGCUUUAUAGUCGAAAUUGAUUGGGAUAAAUAUUUAAUAGUAUUUAUUUCAACCCAUUCAGUACCGCUAACUGGGUAGAGAGUUCGUAUUCGUAGGUGCUCUACGCUACGUACGCGUUUUCCCAUGUUAUCGGCCACUGGCACUGAAUGUGUUAAUAUCAAACUGCAAUAUGGGCAAGGUCCAAGGUGAAUAACCCUUUGAACGCCUAAAGGUAAACUAGUUACGCCAACAGCGCCAUGGACAUGGACAGCUGUAAAUAUUAUGGCAAAUGUCGUUAAAGUAAUUCAUGCUUUGAUGAAAUGUGUACUUCAGCUUGCUGGCAUGAUGACCUUAGCGUGUAAUUUAAAAUUCUUGUCCAUGGCAUUGGCAAAUGUAUUCUGAAACAUACAUGUUUAUCCCAAAUAAUUUCAUCUAUACCUUGUUUACGUCCAAUUACUAGUGCAUUAAGUAGACAUGCUUAGAGACAAUGAUACUUAGUACUAUCAUUAUUUAUUGUGAUAUUUUAAUUAUAGAGAGCAAUUAAUAAAUGAUAAGUUAUAUUUAAUUGCUAUGGUACAAAAAAAAAUUAAUAACAAGUCAAAUGUUAAAAGUGAAAAAUAAAUUAUAAUUUAAUUAUAAGGUUUAAAGUGUUCUUUAGCAAAUACAAUGAUAUUAAUAACGCUUACAAUACAAAUUAUAAAAAAUAUGAUUAAGUUUGUCAGUCAUAAAUGAUGCUUUUGAAAUUAUGCUAAAUGAAAGUAAAAAGAAAUCUUUUAUAAUCAAGUGUUUUAUUUCAAUUAAUUAUAAACUUUGUAUAGAUGGCAACAUCAUGACUAAUGGUUAAGUACUAUGAGUAUAUCUUGAUUACUUUAUCUCUAGAUUGUACUAUGACGAAAGUCAAUAUUUGUGCUUAUAAUAAACAUCAUUAUAUACAUUAGAGUACUAAGCUAUAAUUUUACAAGGGCAACACACUUACCAUUUGACCAGUUCAGUUAUCUAGGUAUUAUGAAAUAUAACCCCGUGGGUCUUCCUACCACGGGUACUGCAAGGGACCGAGUAAUCUUCUUUUAAUACAAGGUAGAAAGAUAAAGAUCUGAAGUACAGGUAAUAUAAUGGACUGUCUAAAAACUAUAUAAUUAUACAUAUAAUGACUAACUUUAUCCUCAAUUGUAUUGGAAGACUUAUUAUUAGCUGCUUUGACAUUCAGGUACAUGUUACCCCCAGCGGCCAUUUUCCAAGGGCUUCUGAAUGCCCUUGAAUCCUCUUGCAAGAAUAAACUUUUCUGACGAUUCUGACCUGCUGGCA